CUCAUCCUCAAGGACUUGAAAGGAAAGUUAGAUCUUGAAGGCCUCGAAUCUUAUUCUAGGUUUCGACAAGACGAGGUGAGAGGAGGUUGCCUUUACCCUUAUGGCUGCUGCUUCGCCUCCAUCCAACAUCCACUUCUGUUAUCAGCUACACCUUCAUGACCUGAUGAUGUUCUAGGGGUCAGUGAGCCCGUGGUGGUAUCAUCUUUGAUAUAUGAAGGAUCAAAAGUCGUUGAUGAAGCUGCAGGGAUCACUAUGACAGGAUGGCUCCUGCUCCGAACCUCCGACGACGACACUGCGAUGGCUAUGGGGGCUUCUUUGAUCGAACUGGAGUUGAGGUCUUUGAAAUAUCGGGCCUGAUGGCCGAAAAGGCCGCUCAAAGUGGUGGCAACAAUGAGCAGGAGGAGGAGGAGGAGGAGAAGCAAGAAGCAGAAAGGGCUACAUCUGAAGAAGCUGGCCGGAGCUACCAAGGGUGGCUCCGACUUGGCACUGGUAGCGAUCCGACGGCAGGCACUAGCCGUGGGCGUCGCGAUCUAGUAGAGAUGAACUUGUUCUCCGAUGGACCGUCAGCCGGACGUCCCAUAGAGUGGUCGCCGCUGCAACUUCCUGGCUUCACCGCAAUGGCACCAUCGCAUCCGGCAGCGGCGACGGCAGGAUACGGCCGUACGUGGAGGCUUCGAAGUCCGAGUCCAAGCGCAAGUAGUUUGAGCAUGGCUCCACCGCCAAUUCCAUCAAGUAGCUUGAGACUGUCGUCCGUGGCCACCGGUAGCGAGGUUAGGGUGGUCAGCCCACCACGGAGGCCGCAGGCGGGGAUGUGGCUGGUGCUCAGAGCUGCACAGAACCAAGGAAAGCAACCCUUUCUCCGUCAAAUAUCUAAGAGCUAUCUAAGGAUGAAGGAUGGGAGGAUGACGGCGAGAGCACUGAUGAAAUACUUAGCCAAUAAGCUUGGCUUGGAGGAUGGACAUGAGGUGCAGAUUUAUUGUAGAGGCCAGCAGGUUCCUCCGUCGAUGUCGCUGCAGCAAAUUAGGGAUCAGAUAUGGUGUUCCACUGAAGCAAUCGCUGACCAUCUCCUAACCCUCGAUUACAGCAGGAGUGGGUAGGAAGAACCUCUUCCUUACACUCUUGACUUGGAAGAUUGUCCACCUGAUCAAGUUCAGCAUACAAUGAUGCCACCAGGAAAAAUAAUGCAAGUCUCAGGCAUGCAAUGAGAUGCUAAUGGGCUUGCAGUGUUUGUGUCUUCUAUUUCUGACUCACUGAUUCCAUGUGUCAAUGCCUCAAAAGUCAUUCAACAUAUUGUUCUCAUUUAUAAGAUCUUUACAUUUUGAUGUCA